AUGGCUGCAUUCCUCCAGGCCUUGUUUUCCUUGCUGCUUCUGGGCCUGUUCAGCAAUACUGGGAGAGCACAGCGAAACCCCGAGGUAUUCUGUGGAGCGUGUAAGGCUCUUGCUGAUGAGCUGGAGUAUGAGAUCAAGAAAAUUGGACCAAGAAGGACUGUAAAUUCGGGGACAUUUCGAAUCAACCCUGAUGGCUCACGAGGAAAAAAAAAGAUUCCUUUUGCAAAGUCAGAGACCUUCUUAACAGACAUUUUGGAAAAUAUAUGCGAUCGGAUGAAUGAUUACAAACUUGAGGAUGAUCCUGUAACUAAGAAAAAGAUAUUCAAGAGAUAUGCUCCGAGGAAGGAUGAGGAAAUAUAUCCAAUAUAUAAACAAUAUUUCUUUUAUUCUGAUGCUUAUAAACCCUUGAAAUAUGCGUGUGAGACUAUCAUAGAACAGUAUGAAGAUGAAAUAUUCUCAGUUAUCACUCGGGAGUCACACUCUCUGGCUGACAAGCUGUGCAUUGAAAAAUCAGGUCUUUGUCAAGAAGCUGAGACGCACACUGAACUUUAA